GGCGACCGACGAAGGUGGGGAAAAUUUCGUUUACUCGGUCGUCAGGUGGCGGAGAAGGGAGCGCUGAAAACCUAAGGGGGGAAACGAGGGUUUCGGAGUGUGUACGUACGUACGUAACACCGGCGUUGGUAGAGUGGCAAGGUUUGUACGCCGGGUCUCUUCGUGCCUUCGGCCUUUGUACGGAUGGAGAGAGGAUCGGGAAAAAGGGGGGAUAGGGGAAGGUUUAAACGAGGGAGGGACGAACGAUCCCGCCAUGGCCGUUCGUCGGACCAGUCGCGAUUCAGAGCUCGAGGUGCGAGCUUCGAUACGAACGCGAUCCUUUCAAAUUCCGAAAUCGUGCGUUUCGCUUCGUUGCGAAUAUUUACAAUUUAUUUUUCGCUCGGUCGCCUGGUUUUACCCAAUUUUUUGAUUUUUUUCCAAAAUUUUGCAAGUGAAAUUUUGAAGUCCGAGUGAAGUUUUGAACCCCACACACCUACCCACCCACCCCCCCCGAUACACGGUCGCGCGGAUUUACAAACGCAGUUAUGAACUGUUCAAUAAUUAUUGUUUUUAAAUAUAAAUAUAAAAAAUAUAAUUUACAACAACUGCGAAGCGAUUUUAUUAAUAAAUCAAGAGUGUGAAGGAUAAAAUAGAAUUUUUUUUAAAAUAAUUGAAUAACAAUAUUCUGUAAAACGAUAUCACGUGUAUAUAUUUUAUUUAUGAAUAUAACAUAGUUUUCUGGUGGAAUAUAAAUUUUAUUGUUCUUCUGGUGUAUGUAUACGUGUGUUUUAUAAUUGCAAAAAAAAAAAAAAAAACAAGUGUAUUUGAAAAAAAAAGGAACAAGUGUUUCGAAGUGAUUUCUUUGAAAAAUAUUUGACACCAUGCUGACUUCGAGCGCAAAUCAGUAUCUCCGUCCGGAAUAUCUUACCCCUUUGCCAACCACGUUGGACGCCAAGAAGAGUCCUCUGGCACUGCUGGCGCAAACUUGCAGCCAGAUCGGAGCGGACCCUCCGUCAAGUAAGUCGCUUUUAGCGCCGUUGGACAAAUCCGCUACGUGCAAAUCGUCGAAAAUUAAUUCGGAUCAGUCGAGAGAGAAAUCCUCUCCGUCGAUACCGCCGUCCGUCGAGUCGUCGUCCUCUACGUCGUCCAUGAAGUCCAGUUUCAAGCCUUACGAGUCGUGCCUGGGUCGCGAGAAGGCUGCGAGCCCCGACGACCAUCACCAGCAGCGGGCGCCCUCGAGUCACUCGUCCUCCGGCAGGGCGAGGACCCCCGGAAGCGGCUCGAAGAGGUGUUCGAGCAACCAGAGCGCCUCGUCGGCCAGGGCGGCCACCCCGCAAGGCGGCCGCAAGACCGCUACGCCCACCGGGGACUCCGUCACCAGGGAAUCCCCGUGUUCGAGGUCGACGCAUCCGGAGAUCCACGGGUCCCAGGCGCCGGCCAACAGCCCCUCGCUGCCCUCGAAGUCCUCCUACAGCCCGGCCGGGGUACUCGCCAUGACGGAUCCCGCCCUGAAGGACAUUCCGCUGGGCACGUUCAAGCCCGGUGUCUCCCUACCGGUGUCAACUUCGGCCGCCGCCGCUUACCUCGGCUACCCCUCCCAGCUGCCCAUCGACGUGAUGGCCAGCUCGCUGAUGUCCCAGCAUCACGCGGCCCUCAAGAACGGUCUGGGUAAUCCUUACCUCGGAUACGCGAGGAUGAAGACAUCGUCGGGCGCCGACACCCUGGUCUCCGUAUGCCGGGACCCCUAUUGCACCAGUUGUCAAUUGAACUCUCAGCUGAUCGCCACGUCGCAGGCCAGCAAAAUGUCGACGAAUUCCGGCGCCUGUCCGGCCGGCUGCGCCCAGUGCGACCACAAGCCCUCGGCGUCGCCCUACGGUCAUCUGGGCGCCCACAGCCCGGUGGCGGCUGCCUACGCCCACGCCCAACUGGCGGCCUUGGCGGCGGCCUCACAGCUGCCCUACGUUUGCAACUGGAUAGCGGGGGACGCCGCCUAUUGCGGCAAGAGGUUCUCCACGUCCGAGGAACUUCUUCAGCACCUCAGGAGUCACACGAACGUAUCGGGGGGCGGCGGCGAUCCCUCAUCCGCGGCCGCCGCCGCCGCCGCUCUCUCGUUACUCUCGCCACCGGGGCUACCGCCCUCCCACCCCCUGCUCUCGAGGUCGUACCCCACACCCCCCCUAAGCCCCCUGGCGACCGCCCGUUACCACCCCUACGGAAAACCCUCGCCCCUGAUGCCGCCCUCGCUCUCGUCCCUCGGUAUACCGAUGCCGCCUCAUCCACAUCAUGCGCCCGGUUUACAUCCGUACUUUUCACCUUAUUCACUGUACGGAGGACCGAGACUUGGAGCCGCUUCCGGCAUGCAUCCCUGAGCCUAACGCAACGUGGAAGAAUACCGUACACUCGUCAACGAUGAGCGUUAUUCUUCCGCCUGAGCGAGAAGGGGGUGAAAUAUAUAUUCGAAAAAUCGGAUCAGAGGAGGUGUCGAGGAUCAACGACGACGGGGAGUUAUCGAUUAAUAUAUAUAUAUAUAUAUAUAUAUAUAUCUUAUAGCGUAGAUAUUAUAAAUUUUAAACUGUGAUUACCGCGAGUCUGCUGAUAAGAGAAAGAAAAAAUGAUUAAUAAUUAUUGUUUGUUUUUAUUUUUUUGUGUUUUUUUUAAAUUUUUUUCAUUCUUUAUCUUUCAUCGCCCGCAAAAAUGUUUAUACAAGUCUUGAUAAAAUAUGUAUAAAGGAAAAGAAAUAAUUGAACUAUCGCGAACGAACGCGUCGUGUGCGUUUACAUAUAAUUACGUCGAUCAGAUCGCGUAUUAAUUUAUAUCCGUUGAUAUUCACGAUUGAAGUUGAACGAUUUUAUCGGUGAAUUUUUGACCCGCGGCAGAGCGAGCUUGCGACACGAACAAGCGAAUCGAAGGAUUUUUUUGGUUCAAAAUUUUUGACUGCUUUUUUUUUUGUUUUUUUUUCUUCGAUCGACCACAUCGUACCACCGAACGCCGCGCGAUGAAUUCGAAUCGAAUUUCAAGCUCGCGCAAGAUCGUUCGUCGUGACGUCAAUACACAAAUUUAAUAGUGGAUCUCAAUUUAAGCUCAAUAAUAAAUAAAUAAAUCUAUAUAAGCUGUCCAUAUUACAUUAUUAUAGCGCGCGUUGUAAACUUUCCAAUCCAUAAUAAAACUAUUAAUAAUAUAAUACGAUGAUCUGAUGUAAUCAGAAUAUGUCUGCACACCCGUAUAUAUAUUUAUAUACCUAUAUACAUACGAAUAACGAACGUAUUCGACCGUGUAUAUUUAUAUAUAAAUUUAUAUAUUCAUAUCCAAUCAUUUACUGUAAUUAUAUUGUAAAUUUGUUCAUAGUCGUGUACCUACGUAAUAUAUAACUAUAUAUAUAUAUAUAUACAUAUAAACGGAUAUAUGUAUAAUUAUAUAAAUGAUAAAAACUAAAAAUAUGUAAAAUUAUCCGUCAAAUUUUUCGAUCGAUAACACGUAUGUGUAUGUAUUUGUUUACGCUAUAUACAUAUAUGUAUGAAUAUCAUAUAUAUGUAUAUAUAUGUAUGUAUGUAUAAAUAAUAUAGUUGUGUAAUAUUUCGAUAUAAUCCUCUAUUUUUGCUUAACCAAAGGUUUUUAGUAAUCGAUCAAUCUAUUCGUAGUAAAUAUGUAUAUGCACAAGACACACCACAUAAAUAUAUGUAUAGAAGUAAAUGACUAUAUACAUAUACAUAUCUAUAAAUACAUAUAUAUAUAUAUAAUUUAUACAUAGUGCAGUGAAUACGUUUAAAAUACACCUCUGUGUACCUACAUGACAUUAUAUUAAAAAGAUAAAGGCAAAAAACGCGACUAUUAUCAUCAUUAUUAAUUAUUAUUAAUUAUUAUACAUAUUACAUAGUUAUUGAAUGUACAUAGUUUCAGUGCUAUUAUCAUUAUUGUUCGUAUUACAAUUAAUUAUUACGAUUAUUUUCAUUUUUAUUUUAUUUUAUAUAUAUAUAUAAAAAAAUAUUCGUCGGAUCGGCAUUGAAAAUGUCGGAGUUGGAAGAAUGGAGAACGAAACGAAACGAGAAUAGGUGAAAGGAGAGGAGAGAAAAAUUGAUGAAAUUAAAAAUUAAAAAUCUUAUAAAUUUGCUCAGUCAUGUUUUUUACGUUACCGAACUAUUCGUGUACCUAUAUAACGCAUCGCUAUAUCGUUACAAUAUUAUACACUUCAUGUAAAAUAAUCAUCGAUGAAAAAAAAAUAUAACACGGCGAAGAGAAGAUAGGCGAAUCGAUUGGAUGACGUGAAGAGAAGAUCAAUCGAUAAUCUUUAAUGACGUACGGGUGAUCGAAAUAUAUCCUCGCGAAAUUUCACAUUUUAUCAUUGUAAUAAAACUCGAAUGACCGAAGAAAAAGAGAAAAAAUGAAAAGGCGGAAAAAAAAAACGUUCGUUGAUUGUAAUAAUUUCUGAUAUUAAAAUACUUGGACCUGUAACACGAUUGUCGCUGUGAAUAAUCCAUACGUUAAUUGUUAUAUUUGGUAAAACUGGAGAGAACAGACGGAAAAUGAAAGAUUAAUUAGUUGAUACAUAUAUAUGAUAUACAUAUGCAUAUGGAAAAAACACACCCUCAUUGUCGGCGAAGGAGAACAAGGGAGAUGCGAAAGGGAAGAGAAGAUGAAUAAAUAAAUAACGAAAGAAA